UCAUCGGAUGGCACCUGCGUGGCCUGCAGAGGGGACGGCACUGGCUGGAUCGCCUUGUUCGUGUUCAGUGGAGGCGCGAUCGCAUUCCUCGCCGCCAUGUAUGUGUACAUAGACCUGAAGGGCACGUCGCAGCGGGGCCACUCCUUCCUGCUGCUCGCCCUGGCACUCAGCAUGUGCGUGACCAUCAUCCAGCAGUUGGGUAUCAUGGCGAUGUUCACGCAGGUGGAAUGGCCAGAUGCCAUGCGACAUGUCCUGGAUUGGAUUUCGCUGUUCACCUUGGACAUGGAAGUCUUUAACUUCUCCUGCGUAGCAAGAACAUCCCCACUGCAGCGUUUCGUCAUCAGCAUCUUCACAAUGGCCGCGGCUGGCAUCGUUCUCGCCUUGGUCCAUAUCGUCGUUGUGCUGAUAUGCCACAAGGGCGACUUUCGUGGUCGCUCCACGUCGCUGAUUGCCAGCACAGGCACCCUCUUCAUGGUCUUCUACAUUUCCGUUCUUGCGAACUUGCUGGAGCCUCUCCAGUGCCUCCAGAAUCCGAACGGCCUGUGGACCAUGCAAGUGUCACCAUCAGUCAUCUGCUGGGAGACGCAGGACCACAGAACGAUGGUGGCCACUGCAAUGGCCGCCCUGCUGGUGCCGCUGGGGUACCUGGCGAAGUGCUGCCACGUGGUGUGGUGCUUCCCCGCGAGGAUGCACGCGGGUGAGGUCGAGUAUUUGCAGACCUACUAUAUUUCUUGUUUUUCAGGUACCGCAGCGAGUGCUACUGGUACUCCUCGGUGCACAUGCUCCGGAGUUUGUUGCUCGCCAACCUCCCCGUCCUCCCCGACGCAGCUGCCCAGAUCUUGUGCAUGCAGGAGCCCGCGUGCGAUGUGA